GAGUAUACUCUGCUGCCUCACCAACAUACUCUGAUCUCCACUGGCAAAAAUCUUCCAGAUGCUCUACUAAAAGCAAAAAAGCAUACUCCCAUCCCAUCCCGACAACCCAAAUUUUCACUUUCCCUUUUCUCUUUUGACUCCAAUUCAAAACCCACUCCACAUUCAUCACUAUAUAUAUAUAUAUAUUCUUUCUUUCUUGUAACACACAAUUCACCAUUCUUGAGCAUCAAAAGUAAAGUGUGGAGUCUGAUAUGGUACUGUUCACUUAGCCGUACGUGCCUCGGAUCUAACUGCAGCCCACGUUGAUAUCGAGGCACGUAAAUUCAGUGUUCGUUUCGUCUUUGGAUUAUCUUCUUGUUUUCUUGUACAAUUCAGAAACAAACAAAAGCAAUGGCAGUUGAUGUGUGCUCCUCAGAGAUUUCUAGUUUAGUUUCCAGUCCAAGAAUCUCAUUCUCUCAUUACCUCAACACCACAAACACCGUCCCGAUCGAGCCCCCUCUCUUCGAUUUCCAUUUCGACUUCAACUUCUGCAUUGGAAACAACUUCACGAAUCUCUCCUCUGCCGACGACAUUUUCUCCAACGGGAAAAUCCUCCCCGUCGAGAUCAAGAAGCACGUCACGGCUCCUCCCAACGAAACCAAACAGUGUGAGGCAACAAGUGCUUUUGAAAAUGCCAAUGAGGGAACCAAGAAAAAGAAACUGAAAGAGUUUUUGCGCACCGAAUUCGAUGCAGAGGAUCCGAAGCCAUUACCGAAAUCAUUUUGGAAGUACAGCCGAAGCAGCAGUCUGAACGGUGAGAGUUUUCGGAGUAAAGCCUUACUCCGGUCGUUACAGUUUUUAUCGCGGAGCAAUUCGACAGGAUCGUCACUUAAUCUGAAACAAACGGGGGUUUCGAAGAAUAAUCAGAAGCAGAACUCGUCCAAACAAUCUCCGGUCACCGCGUUAAAUUCACGAUCAUUGCCUUAUUCCUCUGGACAUGGACCUUAUCCCUAUGCUUCGCCGAAAAGGUCUCCGGUGAUGAAGAAUUUCAGAUCUAAUAGUAGUAAUGGUGUCGGAGUUCGAUUCAGUCCUGUUUUGAAUAUCCCUUACAGUUGCAUAGGCAUAGACAAAGGGAGUGUAACAAGUCUGUUUGGGUUUGGUUCAUUGUUUUGUAACGGUAAGGCUAAGAAGAAAAAGAAAUGAUUUGUGGGUACGUACAAUUUCUGCAUUAAUGUACUACCUAACCUACCUACCUACCUGUUUAAAAUACAGUAGCUAGUACUCCUAUUUGUUUGUUUAUAAAUUCCUAUCUCCUAUAUAAGCUUAUCGAUUGUUCCA